AUGUCGAAUGCCGGCGGUCUCAUGUAUGGAGAUUACAUGGGGUUUACCAUCGAUGCCAACCGCACCCUGUGUGUGGACGUGGUUUGCUGGCCAGUCCAGGGCGGUACCGCCUCGUGUUAUGUCAUUCGACUGGUGCUCCGCCGGUCCCUUCCCCAUUUCCUGCAAAUCAGCGCCACCGUGCAAGUUACCCAUAAGGUCACGGACCAAAUCACGUGGAACAUGACAGCUGCGGAACGUAUGGACGUGCUGCGUCGGUACACGCUCGCAACGGUGUUGGUCGUGGAGGUUGGGUAUCAACGAGUUGUCGAUAGCGAAGAGGGGAAUGUAUGGUUGUAA